AUGGCUCCCAACCCGACCGCGCUCGACUUUGUCGACUUUGUCAAUGCGUCGCCCACUCCCUUCCACGCCGUCCAGUCGGCCGCCAAGCGCUUCGAAAAGGCCGGCUUCCAACUGAUCCGCGAGCGCGACUCCUGGGCAUCGACGCUACGCCCGGGCGGCAAGUACUACCUCACACGCAACGGCUCCUCCAUUGUCGCCUUCACCAUCGGCCGCAAGUGGCGCCCCGGCAACGCCGUCGCCAUUGUCGGCGCCCACACCGACUCGCCCUGCCUGCGCGUCAAGCCCGUCUCCAAGAAGAACAGCUCUGGCUUCCUCCAGAUCGGCGUCGAGACCUAUGGCGGCGGCAUCUGGCACUCUUGGUUCGACCGCGACCUGAGUCUAGCCGGUCGCGUCCUCGUCCGCGACGGUGACAACUUUGUGCAGAAGCUGGUCAAGGUCGACAAGCCUCUCCUUCGCAUCCCCACAUUGGCCAUCCACCUCCACAGGCAGUCCAACUUUGACCCGAACAAGGAGAAGGAGCUGUUUCCCAUUGCAGGCCUGGCCGCCAAGGAGCUCAACAAGGGCGCCGGCAACUCGGCGGACAAGGCGGCACAGGAGAAGGAAAAGAAGGAGGACGAGGACGAGGACCCCGAGUUCACGCCCCUGUCCGACAUGAAGGAGCGCCAUCACCCCCAGGUGCUGGACACGAUUGCCUCCGAGCUCGACAUUGACGUGGCCGCCAUUGUCGACUUUGAGCUCGUGCUGUACGACGUCCAGAAAUCCUGCAUUGGCGGCUUCAACGACGAGUUCGUCUUCUCCCCCCGCCUCGACAACCUCGGCAUGACCUACUGCUCCGUCGAGGGCCUCAUCGCCUCGGUCAAGGACGACGCAGCCCUCGACAACGACACGACGAUCCGCCUGACCGUCUGCUUCGACCACGAGGAGAUUGGCUCGCAAUCCGCCCAGGGCGCGCACUCCAACCUCAUGCCCGCCGUCAUCCGCCGUCUCUCCGUGCUGCCCGGCAACCGCGACGCCAACAGCGACCAGAGCUACGAAAACGUCGGGCACGAGGGCGACGACGCCACCGCCUACGAGCAGACGUGCUCCCGCUCAUUCCUCAUCUCCGCCGACAUGGCCCACUCGGUGCACCCCAACUACGCCGAAAAGUACGAGCCCUCGCACAGCCCGGCCAUGAACGCUGGCACCGUCCUCAAGAUCAACGCCAACCAGCGCUACGCCACCAACUCCCCCGGCAUCGUCCUCCUCCAGGAGUGCGCCCGCUCGGCCGGCGUGCCCCUCCAGCUCUUUGUCGUCCGCAACGACUCGCCCUGCGGCAGCACCAUUGGGCCCGGCCUCGCCGCCGCGCUCGGUAUGCGCACCCUCGAUCUCGGCAACCCGCAGCUCAGCAUGCACAGUAUCCGCGAGACCGGCGGCACGGAGGACGUCGGCUACGCGGUGCGCCUGUUUGCCGAUUUCUUCCAGAACUAUGGUACCCUCGAGCCCCGGAUCCUGGUCGACUGA